AACACAAUCGGAUCAGUCCGAACAGACGAACGCACGCAGCUCCAGCCCAGCGGACUAGACCCGAACCGAGCCGAACGCAGCCGGGUGGAACCGACUGGACCCGAACCGAGCCAGGCGGAGCCGAUUGAACCCGAACCGAGCCGAGAACCCCGGGACCGCCCGCACUGCUCCAUGGCCGGGAAGAAGCUGAUCGUGGUGUUCGGGGCCACCGGGGCCCAGGGGGGCGGCGUGGCCCGGGCGCUGCUGGACGAUGGCACCUUCAAGGUGCGCGCCGUGACGAGGAGCCCCGGGAAGAAGGAGGCGGAGGAGCUGAGGAGGAGGGGAGCCGAGCUGGUGAAGGCAGAUGUGGACGAUGAGGCAUCGCUGGAGCGGGCCUUGGCGGGCGCCUACGGUGCCUUUAUUGUCACCAACUUCUGGGAACACUGCAGCAAGAAGGAAAUCGAGCAGGGACGGCGUCUGGCUGACCUGUCCAAGCGCCAGGGUCUGCACCACGUCGUGUUCAGUGGCCUGGAGAAUGUGCACCAGCUGACGGGGGGCCGGCUGGAGGUGCUGCACUUUGAUGGCAAAGGUGUGGUGGAGGAGUACUUCCAGAAAAUUGGGGUUCCCACCACCAUCGUCCGGCUGCCAUUCUACUUUGAGAAUUUCCUCUCCAUCUUCAAGCCACAGAAGAGACAGGGAGACACCUUUGUGCUGGAGCUGCCCAUGGGGGACACCCCAAUGGAUGGGAUGGCUGUGGAGGACCUUGGGCCCAUUGUGCUUUGCCUACUGAAGUCCCCAGGGGAGUACAUUGGCCAAGUGAUAGGACUCAGCACGAGCAAGCUCACUGAGGCAGAGUACGCUGCCAUCCUGUCCCAGCAGACCGGCAAGACUGUGACAGCCAGCAAGAUCACCCCUGAGGAGUACGAGAAGCGGGACUUCCCUGGGGCCAAGGAGCUGGCUGCCAUGUUCCGUUUCUAUGCCCUGAAGCCAGACCGCAACGUGGCCCUGACCAUGAAGCUCAACCCCAAGGCCCGCACCUUCCAGCAGUGGGUGGGGGACAACAAGAAUGCCUUCUAAGCCUCCCCUCCCUCCUCUUCCUCCCUUGUUUCUGCAACUGGUAGGGGCACCUGGCUGAGGAGGUGAGGUGCCCUGAGCCAUACUGCCUUCCCAGUAGUGCCCCAGGGAGAGGCUGA